AUCACUAGAUUAGAUAUGACAGUGAAAGCAUUAGCUUCCUUGAAAUCCAAGCUUCUUAAACCAUGCAGAAAACUCUUUCCAAGCUUCAAAUUCAUCAAACUUAAGAGACCCGUCUUUAUAAGACCUCUUAAACAUCGUCAUAGAAACAAUAAAGCCACAAAACCACCAAGGAAAAGGAAUCGAAUUACUGCAUUGCUAGCAACAGCUUUUGGUUCUAGCAGGAAGACAGAAGAGAUGAACAGACUAGUUCAGCUCAAGAGUUUUUCUGACAGAGGCUCUGGUGAAGGAAUACUCUUUCCGUCGCCUCUCACACCGGCUUAUCUAAAGGCUAACAGGGCUGGUAAAAGGGAUGUUUCAGGUCUUGAGGAUGUCGAAGAUGCUUGCAGGAGUUUCGAGAACUACUUGGUGGAGAUGAUUGUUGAAGAAGGAAAAGUGAGGGACUUGAUGGACAUAGAAGAGCUUCUCUAUUGCUGGAGGAAUCUUAAGUGUCCUGUUUUUGUUGAUUUGGUUAGUAGAUUUUAUGGUGAGCUGUGCAACGACUUGUUUUCUACAGACACUGAUGGAGUUGAUGGCUCCCAAUAACUUUGAAACUUAGCCCUUAUUAGUUCUUAAUUCGAACUUUACAUUUUAUAUUCAGUAGUAGUAUUUCAUCAAGCUUUUUAUAUGUGCUAUACUUUUGAUGUAUGAGAAUGUGAACCCACAGAAUAUCUUCCAA